GUAAAAUUCAUAGAAUUAAUUAAAUUGUAUGCAUAUUGUAAGGUGUCUCAGUGAUUUUAUUACAAAGAAAUAUUUCCGUUAUUUUUAAUGACACGAAGAUAUGCCUAAGAAAUGAAUCGCUCAUACAAGAUGAAAGGAUUAUAGGAAAUAAAAUAAAAAAUGGAGAAGGUCAAAAAAGUAAAAGUGAAUCAAGCUAUUGAAUUACUUUGGCUAAAUAAGAAAGAUGCGCAGAAGAAGAAGACAAAUGGCCGUAAAAUAGAAAAAUCAUUAAAUAUUCACGCUCAGUGUAAAAUUAUGCACUAUUACAAGAAAAGUAAGAGGCAACAUGCAGUAAGUUCCUCAAAAUACAGGAUACUCUCUGAAAUAAAAUCACAUACGACUAAAAAAAAUUGGAGUAAAGUUAAAAAUCUAUUUUUAUUAUUACUAAAUUUUUCUAUUGAUAUUGAACCUUUAAUAUGGCGUUAUAGUCUUAUACUUUCAUUAUAUAGCAAUAUUGAUAAUUUAUCUAAUAUUUCCCAACUUUUUGAAACAUGUAUUGGUGCUUCACAUUCUGAUAAAAAUUUAAUACUAAAAAAUUUAUUGUUAUUGCGUCAUAAAUAAACAAAUUUUUAUGUCAUAAAUAAAA